AUGGUUGGACAACAUGAUGAGAACCUACUGCCGGAGAUGUUACCUGUGUAUUAUACCAGAUUAUUUCCUCAGAAUAUAUUUUGUAGAUGGCUUGCUUGUGGCAGUAGCCCACAGCCUCUCUCUAACAGGGAGUUAUCAUUUACACUAGCUGAUGAUAUAUACUUACGGUAUCUUUCUAUUAACAAUCAAAAGGAAUUCCAAACACUAUUACAAAAGAAGUGCCCUCAUAAAUUAGACAUAGGUGCUGUCUAUAACACAAAGCCAUCCAUCGGGCGACAUGAUGCAGUUGUGCUUUCUAGGGAACUUGUAUUUGAUAUAGAUCUUACAGAUUAUGAUGAAGUACGAACUUGUUGUCAGGAGGCCAAAGUUUGUAAUAAAUGCUGGAAAUUUAUGGUUGUAGCAUGUGAAAUUAUUAAUGCUGCUCUCAAAGAUGAUUUUGGUUUCCAGAAUAUUCUUUGGGUUUUCUCUGGGAGAAGAGGUUGUCAUUGUUGGGUAUCAGACUAUGAAGCGAGAACACUAGAUAGUCCUGGUCGAGCUGCCGUUGCUGAUUACCUUUGCCUUAUUUUUGGAGGGGAAAAUAAAAAUAAGAAAGUACAUCUUGGAAGUGAUAACUUGCACUCAAGUAUAAAGAGGUCUCUCAAUAUAAUUGAUAGAUAUUUCCUUGAAAUACUAGAAGACCAAGACUUUUUGUCAACUUCGGAAGGCACCAAAAAAUUUCUAAAAAUUAUACCAGAUGACACCUUACGUAAACAAGUUGAAGAAAGCUUCGGUAGAGGAUCUUCUACUGUUGAUAAAUGGGAAUGUUUCAUACAAACUUACUAUCAGUACUGUAAAGAGAAUAUUAACGCUAUCAGAAAAAUGAAAUAUCUAGUCGAAGAAAUUAAAAUACAAUAUUGUUAUCCGAGAUUAGAUGUUAAUGUUACAAAGGGAUUUAACCAUUUACUAAAAUCUCCAUUUAGUAUACAUCCUAAGACUGGCAAAGUAUCUAUAGUAUUCAAGCCAGAAAAUGCCCGGAGCAUGAAAUUAGAAGAUAUACCAACCAUUUACAGUCUUCUAGAUGAUAACUCUCCUGAUAAAAUUCAACAUCAAAAUAAUAUGAGAACAGCUGUUAAAAAUUUUCAAGAAGUGGUUUUCUCACUGGAGAAAACUGAAGCAAUGAGAAGAAGAAAUGAUGCUAGUAAGUAUAUUAUUUUAUGA